CGGUUCCGGCAGAAUACUUGCAGUCAGUCAGUGUCAAAGUCUGACUGACAAUUACAUUUCCUCAUGGUCGGAGGUGUCUGUUUACUUCCUAGUUUUUUAAUUUUGUGUGAAAUUAUUGAAAUUUAACAUGGCACAAGGCAAAUUAAAAGUGAAAAGUAAACUCCCUGUUGGAAGUAAGGUUAAGAAAGGGAAAGGAAAAGCUAUUACGAAACGAAAUAACGCACCAGUACCCAGCAAAGCUAAGGCAGUAGAGCGAAGCAAAAUGAAAGAUAAAGUAACGAAGAUGGUGAAUGCAGCAGCUGAGCAGCAACUACGGGCGUUGGCUUCGAGCUCGGGGGAGUUGUCAGCAGCACAACAACGAGCUGCGAAAGCGCCAACUGCACCAGUACCCGCCAAAUAACACAUAACCUUAAAAUAAUCUGUGCUAUGUUUUCACAAUACUUAAUUGUACUUCACAUAGUUAUGAAAUGUAUAUUCGAUAGAAUUUUAUGACAAAGCAACACCAUUAUCAUACAUCUUAUCCCAUAUGAGAAAAUUUAAUUAUGUCUAAUGUGUUAUUAGAUAUGGAAAUUUAAAUAGGGGUAAUAAACUUGAAAGAUAUCAAUAUUAGACAUUUGGAACUAACAGUAUUAUAGCGUUAAUAAUUAUUAGUUUACUUAUUCAACUAUGACAAACAAGACUAUAACAGUAUAUUCAUAUGUAUAGUUUUGCCACUAUUCUAUGUGAAGUAUAAAUAAAAGUUUUUUGUGAUUAUAUAAACCUGUGUAAAAACAAUAUAAUUGUAAAUAAGUAAAUAC